GGUAGAGCUAACUUUCUAAUUAAUACAGCAACCUUUGACUGCUUCACUUUCGCACAGCUCGCUAUCUCAAUUCCAUGGCAGCCUCUUCACUUACUCGUGCAAUUGCUGAAAGAUUGGAAGGAAAAGUUGCGUUGAUAACCGGAGGAGCCAGCGGAAUAGGCGAAUGCACAGCGAAGCUCUUCGCUAACCACGGCGCAAAAGUGGCGAUUGCGGACAUCCAAGAUGAACGAGCUCAUUCAGUGGUCGACGCCAUCGGCCAAGCCCGCUCUACCUUCAUCCACUGCGACGUCACCAACGAGGACCAUGUUCGAAAUGCCGUGGACGCCACAGUCUCCAAAUACAACAAGCUCGACAUCAUGUUCAACAACGCCGGCGUCUGCAUAGUCCCCACCCCCCGCAUCGUCGAGACCAAGAAAUCAGACUUCGAGCGAGUGCUGAAUGUCAACACGACCGGCGUAUUCCUAGGGAUGAAGCACGCCGCACGCGUGAUGAUCCCAGCUCGGACCGGCGCCAUCAUCUCAAGCUCGAGCAUGGCCGCCGAGUUAGCAGGAUGCGGCCCCCACGCGUACACGUGCUCCAAGUGCGGUGUCGUGGGGCUCACGAAGAACGUUGCCGUCGAGCUCGGGCAGUUUGGAAUACGGGUUAAUUGCAUAUCGCCGUAUGGGGCGGCGACGCCGAUGGCCACGGAAUUUAUGGGAGUAGGUGCCGAGGAAGUCGAGCAGUUUUUCUACUCUAAGGCAAAUCUGAAAGGGACUGUCUUGAAGGUCGAUGAUAUUGCAAAUGCUGCUCUUUUCUUGGCGAGUGAUGAUGCUAAGUAUGUGAGUGGACAGAAUUUGGUCGUCGAUGGCGGGUUUAGUAUUACCAACGCUGCAUUCCAAAUGUUCGAAAAUGCAGAAACUUAGCCAUUUUUUAUUUUAUUACAAGGCAAAAUUGUCCAUAACUUUCUCAUGGUUUUGAAACUCAGCCUAAAUUAUCUUCUACUUUAAA